AAACCGGAAACCACGUGAUUCAGUUCUUCACAUGCGUGUCCAGCAGCAGGAAUGCUACACUGCCACACCAGUGUGUAGUGUAUAUUUUCACGUUAAUCUUUUCUCCGUCGAUUAGAACAUGUCGGGCAGAUCGGAGUUCAAAAUCAACCACGGGUUCGCGCAGAGAUAUGACAAAUACCGACAGAAAGAGGAGCUGCAGAGGCUGAAGGACCGAUACGGAGACCAGGCGGACGACAGUGGCUCCGAGUCGGAGUCCAGCUCUGAUGACAGCGUAGUGGAGCUCGACCCUGCAGUGGAAAGGGAUUUUUACAGAACGCUGUCACUGCUGAAGAAGAAAGACCCCAAGAUCUAUGAGAAAGAUGCCACGUUCUACUCCGAAGUUGCAUCCACCAGCGACGAGCAGCCUUCGACUUCAAAGAAAGCAGUCAAGCCCAUGUAUCCCAAGGACUAUGAACGUAAAGUCAUACUGGAAAAAGAAGGGAAAUAUGAAGAUGAUGACGACAGUGAUGAUGAGGAGGCCGCCAUUAAGAGAAGGGAGAUAAUGGAGAGAGCUGCCUCUCCCAGCUACAUUCAAGAGCAGAGGGAGCUGAAAGAAAGCUUCCGGAAGUUCAUCCAGGAGAGCGACGUGGAGGACGACGAGGGCAGUGAGGUGGACGGAGGAUCCCAGCUGCUGACACGGAGGGUCAAAACACAGGAGGAGAAGGAUAGGGAAGAGGCAGAUUACAUGGACUGGCUGAAAGGCCAGGCUGAGCUCGAUGGUCCAGAAGAGGUGAAGGACAUGAAAUACCUGAGGGACUACUGGAAUGACCCAGAGCUGGAUGAGAAGGAGCGCUUCCUGAGAGAUUAUGUCCUUAACAAGGGCUACCUCGAAGAUGACCAUGGCGAUGAUGAACGGAUCCCAACCUACGAAGAGGUGGUCCAGGACGAUGUGGAGGAUUCUGAAGAUGAAGGGGAGACUUUCUUGGAGCGGCAGCAGGACUUUGAGCGAGAAUACAACUUUCGCUUUGAAGAGCCCGACGCUCAGCUGGUCAAGACCUACCCUCGCAACAUCGCCACCUCUGUGCGCUCCAAAGACGACCGCAGAAAACUCAAACGGGAGGAAGUGAGAGAGAGGAAGCAAAAGGAGAAAGAGCAGAAGCGGGAGCAGCUGAAGCAGUUAAAGAACCUGAAGCGCAACGAGAUCAUGGAGAAGCUUAAGAGGCUUAAGGAGCUGACUGGCAACGAGCAGCUCGCCUUUAGUCAGACAGACCUGGACGGAGACUUCGAUCCACAGCAACACGACCAGCUCAUGCAGAAAUUCUUUGGAGAUGAAUAUUACGGAGAAAAAGAUGGAGAAAAGCCUCAGUUCGAUGAUGACGAUGAGGAGCACUGGAACUGGGACACGUGGACAGGAGAGGGACAAGAAGAAGACUGUGAUGGAGAGGAAGAAGUUUACGGUGGAGAGGAAUAUGAUGUCUCUGCGCCACACUGCGAUGAUGAAGGCUUCAUUAUGGAUGCAGACUACGACCCGAGCCAGCAGAUUGCCUCCAAGAAGAAGAAAAAGGAGAGGAAGAAGCUGAAGAAAGAGGAUUUACCACAAAUGGGCAAAAAGAAAAAGAAGUCUCACUUUGCGGAGGUCAUCACCAAAGACAAGCCUGUGUUUGAUCCUCAGGAGAAAAGCUUCGAGCAGUAUUUGGAUGAGUACUACAAAUUAGACUACGAGGACGUAAUAGACGACCUCCCGUGCAGGUUUCGCUACCGACAGGUCCUCGCCAAUGACUUUGGCCUGAGCACCGAGGAGAUUUUAAAUGCAAACGACAAGGAGCUGAACAAUUGGUGCUCUCUGAAGAAGACCUGUAUGUUCAGGUCUGACAAGGAAGAGAUGAGUGAUUUGAAAAACUAUCAAAUCAAGGCCCAGAAUGAUAGGAAGAAGAAGGAAAUCCUGAGCUCGGUGUAUUCUGAGGAAGAUAAAGAGUUGGCCGAUGCAAAAACUAAGGUGGGGAAGAAGAGGAGAGAUCGUAUGAAGAACACUGAGAAGCAAGGCAGAGCAGCAGAGGAUGGUGAUGAAGCCUCCAACAUGGACUCUGAAGAGACACCUGCUCAGGCUCUAAGAGAGGCUGGGGAUGGUUUGGAAGAAGAGGAUGAGAUUCUGAUACCAAAGAAAAAGAUGAAAGUGGAAGAGGAACCACAGGUUACUGCUGACAAAUCAGCAGAUACAGUUGACGAGGUGAAAAACAGGACUGAGAAGCCAAAUUUGGCCAAGAAGAAGCACAAGCGUACAGGUGGUGGACGCAUCGUAUCGGGAACACUUGGUGUAAAAAUAGGAGGCCGGGAGUUUAGUAGACAGAGACUGAAGGCCUACGGUCUGAACCCCAAGAGACUGUACUUCAGACAGCUUGGCAGACAGAAACGGAAAGAACAGGAGAAGAAAGAAAAGCAGAAAAACAAGGAGUGAUAACUGCUCAUGCUGAGCUCAUUACUUUAGUACAAUCCACUUAUUUUUAUGGUCCAAGAAUUGAAUACAUCAUGGUUCCCUUUUUUGAUGGCCUCGCAUUGAUCUUUAGAUUUCAACAUAAGAUUAUUUACCUGUAAAUGAUGUAUCCAAAACGCCCACAAAUUAAUCUGCUAGCAGAGAAUUUAACAUGUUUUCUCUUGGUGCUUUCAUAUUGUGUACGUUUUAGAAUAAUGUAAUAAACAAUCCGGUAACCUUU